AUGGAGAUUGGUUUGAUAGGCCUAGGUGUUAUGGGACGCAACCUUGCACUAAACAUUGUUUCAAAAGGAUACAGGCUCCAUGUUUUCAACAGGACGUCUUCGAAGACAGAUGAACUUGCAAAAGAAAGCAGUGAGAUAUGCCCACAUUACUCUGUGAAGGACCUUGUUGGAGGGAUCAGGGCCUCUCCCAAGAUCAUCAUUUUGAUGCUGACUUCUGGAGAGGUGGUGGAUGCGUUUCUUGAGGAGCUUGGCAAGCAUUUGAGCAAGGACGACAUUGUCAUUGAUGGAGGAAAUUCAUCAUUCAAAGAUACCAUCAGAAGAAACAAUCAUGAGUUCAGGUUUGUUGGAUGCGGGAUUUCUGGUGGAGAGGAGGGAGCCCGCAAUGGCCCGUCGAUCAUGGUUGGGUGUUCCAGAGAUGCCUGGGAGGAGGUAUGUGGCCUUCUUACGGACAUCUCUGCAGCUGGCAUAUCUAGUAACUACCGCUGCUGUGCAUGGCUUGGAGAAAAUGGGGCAGGACACUUUGUCAAGAUGAUUCAUAACGGGAUUGAGUAUGGAGACAUGGCGGUGAUCACCGAAACAUAUUUGGUUCUGAAGUCCUUAGGGAUGGACAACCUGUCUAUAUCUCUGCUGUUUGAUAACUGGAACGAGGAGGAGUCAGAGAGCUACUUGCUCAGAAUUUCUCGGAACAUCCUAAGGAUGAAUAAUGAAGGGGGAAGUGUGAUUGACCAAAUAAUGGAUGUCUCUGAGCAGAAGGGGACUGGAAAGGAGACUGUGAUUUCUUCGAUGGAGAUGGGGGAGGCGAUACCUGCAAUAAUGGAGGCUGUUGGGUCAAGGAUGGUGUCGUACAUGAAGGACAAAAGAUGCUGGCUUUCCUCGAGGCUUGAGAGCAGCACUGGGAAGAAAAGAAUAUCGGAGGAUGCCAUAAGAAAGGGAUUUUAUCUUGCUCGGAUAGUUUCGUACAUCCAGGGAUUCAACCUGCUGAUGAAGGCUAGAAAGAGGUAUGGAUGGGAAUACACCAUCAAAGACAUCACCAGGGUGUGGAGCAACGGAUGCAUUCUUAGAGGAAAGCUUUUGAAUGUGAUUGGGUGCUUGGGGGAGGAGAGAGAAGAGGAUCUCGAACUUACGUCUGGAUUUGUGUCCCUGUAUAACAAGUGUUCUUUGGAUCUGAAGGAGAUGGUUUUAUAUGCUGUGGAGAACGAGGUGGCUAUUCCGACUAUCUCGUCUUGUCUGAUGUACUUGAAUGGGAUAAAGAAAAAGGAAGGAGGAGGAAAUAUGAUUCAGGCCAUGAGAGAUUACUUUGGGGUUCACAUGGUGGUGAAGAAGGGGGAGUCGAAGGCUGUCCACAUUGAGUGGGCCUAG